AAAUAUCCUAUUUUUAAAAUAGAGAGAUGAAGCGAACGACAAAAGGAAAAAGAGAGAAAGCAGGAUAAAAGCAAGAUUCGACAUAAUUAAAGAGUCAAGCUCAAGUUAUUUAAUAAUGGAAGAAUACGUGAAAGUGAGAGAAGAGAAAAAGGAUGUAGAAAAAUAUUUGAAAAUAUAUAAUUUUCUACAUUCCUUAUACUAUAAAUAGAGUUGAAUGUGCUAAAAUAAAAAGUUUUGGCAUAUUAAUCUUAAUUUUGAAUAGCGUAAACGAAUAUAAUUUUUUGAUUAUACUAAUCUUCUUUAAUCACAUAUUCGCUAUUAACUGGGAUAUUUAAUAGGAAAAAUUAUGAUGAACAGUGAAUUCGAAAUGAGAAGCGUAAUAAAACAGGAAAGUGAUAAUAAAAUAGAAAAAAGAGAGGACAUAUGCCGCCAAGAAGCAUGGAAGCUUGGAAUAAAAAGGAGGACGGCAAAGCUACGUGACAUUAAAUAUCGAUCGAUCGCGCGAACGCUGAAAAUGUGUGUAUACCCGGAAUAAAUAAAAUAGUGAAAGAAGAGCGAGAGCGGGCAUGUUAAACGAGAGUCGUGCCAAUCGUCGCGCGAUCGUCCGGUGCUGUUCCUCACAUGCAGGGGACACGCGGCACGUGCCGCCGGAGCAUAGAAGAUUUCGACGCAUACAUGGCCUGCAGUCACCACUGCAUCCUCAGCAGAUUAUCGGUUGGAUAUUACUAAUCGUCGUAUUCAUCGGUACUUUCACCGUGCUGCUGACAACGCCGCCGCUAUUACCCAAUUUGCGCUUCGUUCUCUUGCUAUUGUUCACCGCAUUGUUUCUACUGCAUGUGUUGGCCCACUUGACAGUGUCGCUGUUAGACCCGGCCGAUCCGGAGGUCCGUGCUCGGCCGGCUGGCGUGAUCGUGCCAGAGUUCGAUCGAACCAAGCAUCGACACGUCAUCGAAAACGGCCGAUGUCACCUUUGCAACAUAACGACUCGUAGCCAGCGUACCAAACACUGUUCCAUCUGCAACAAGUGCGUGCCACGUUUCGAUCACCACUGCAAGUGGCUGAACAAUUGCAUCGGCGGUCGUAAUUAUCCAGCGUUCCUAGUGUGCCUGGGGUCGACGCUCAUCGUCGCGCUCGCCGUCACCGCCCUCGCCUUGACCGAGCUGGUGCUCGUUAACGCGCAUCUUGUCGUCGAUGAUCAACGUUCGAAUAGUUCGGGUGAUUCGAAUGACGAUAAUAACGACAGCAGGAACAACAAUAGAAACAACGACACGAGUAUGAAUAACGCUACGACGACGUCACCGUUCGUGCCGGUGCCCGGCACCGGCUCGCUCAUUCUCGUUACCAUCAUCGGCUGUCUUUCGGCCAUCGCCGCGGUUCUACUCAUACACCUCUGCAUCUUCCACGGCUAUAUCGCCUGCCUCGGUCUUACUACGUACGAAUAUGUGCGUAGGAAACGGGAGAGAAGCGUCGCCGGUGCCAUUGCCAAUUCUGGAGCAGUUCCCACUACCGCCGCUGGUUUGUGUGGUACGCCUUAUUGUACCGCUGCUGACGGAGAGGACGUUGAAAGCCGGACGACAAGCGGCGCGCGAGGUCUCUAUUCUCAUUUUUGCGAAAACGGUCCUCUGUUCAAGAACGAUACGACGGGCACGAUGAGAAUGACAAUGGCGACGACAGACGUAUAUGUAUGCUCGACGCACCAAGAGAGACGCGACGAUCAACUUACGGCGGCAAACGGUAAAGCGAUCUGCUCAAAAACGCUGCCCUCGACGAAAAAUAGUCGAAAUUUUCGUCUUUGUUUCUCGUACGAUUCGCGCACCACCGAAACCUCCAUCCAAGCUUCUUCCUCGCAAACGAUGGAUGCGAUGGCGGAGUCGAGAAACCAUGGAGAAUCACCGGAUACGAAGUCGUCCUCCACUCCUUCUCCAGUGUCUUGUUGUUUUUCCAUCAUGAAUCAUCCUGAUGGCAGUAGGCACGACGGACAGAAGAGUCGCACUGGUGAACAUCGUGCCGAAUCCACGAAACGCUCCUGCGGAACGAUGAAAAGAAUACAGACUUUUUUGCAAGCUCGUCUGAGGAAAGGCUCGAGACAACGAUUAAUCGCCUCAUCGUCGGCGAUUGUUCGUCAUUGUGGCAACAAAAUAAUUCCACAAACCGGCGACAGUCCUCCGGAUGUCGCGCUUACCUUAACCGAGGAUCAGGAUCGAACCGUCGUCGAGACAGGGAUGACAAACUUGACGAUGCCGUCGGCAGAUUUUCCACGUCCACCGACGAGGCUACCUGCCUUGGAUCUUUCGCAUACCGUCCGCAAAAUUAGAAGAGUAUCUUCAAGUGCCACUGACAUAUCCGUCCUGGGGCAAAUACCACCCACUGCGAUACCUAAACGAAAUCAAGCCCACUUCCGUUCACGGCGGAAUACGAACUUCUCUAAGAAGAGACCGCGCUUCAAGGUUGGCUCACACGUUGUCACGCAGACUGCUCAACUCUCGCCUAUACCAGAGUCGGAGUUCUCGAAACCGGCUACGCCGAGAUCGCCGUCACGAUCGGGUUCUGCCUUUGCUUUCCCGCCACUACACGAGUAACAUUCUGUCCUCGAGAUAAUGUCCAAGAUCACAGAAUCGCCUGACAAGAAGGAUGUCGCCUCGAAGAAGACUAAUGUUUGGGAAGAUUU